UGAAAUCACUGUCCUAUACUCGUGCAUGUAUUGUUCGUGAUUUAUUUUAAUCCUACUGAAAGUAAUUAUGUUCCAGAUGCUUUUAUGCCGCAGGAUGGUCCUUUAAAUAAUAAAUUCGGAAAAAUAGCGUGAGUCAUUUUAAAGUCGUCUAAAAUGUUUACCAAGAGGAAGACUGUGAUGUGUGUUGUUUGUGUGGCCUGCUUCAUGUUCGGUCUUAAUAUGUAUUCAAGACAAGCAGAAAAUUUGGAUACAAAACAAAAAGGUCAAUCGGCGCUGGAAGAUAAACGUCAUGAGAGUAAAAUUUUCAGUCGAGAUUCCACUGUCAAAAUCUCCAGGAAUGAAAUAUUGAACGCUAAAACCAUAUUAAAGAAUGAUUCUGUUAAACAACAUGUUAAACGUCCAGUAAAUAAACAAAAACACAGAUUUAAACAAAAUGAACAGUUGACUCAAGAUUUGUUCAUUUUCCGAAUGGAGGAUCACAGAAAUAUUUCUGGGGUGAAUCGUCCGUGUUCAGCUCGUCAUCAGGAAUUGUGGCGGACUUGUAUGCAUAUAAGGAAUAACAAGGAGAAAUGCGAUGGAGAAACGUGUCUCUGUUAUAACGGUGGGUGGUGGUUCGAAAAACCAAGAUUCACAAACUUUUCUCGACUUUCGAACGAUAUAUUAGAUCAGGAAAGAAACCUUUUGUUUGACCCCCCAAUCGAUGACGUCAAAAAGCUCCCCAACCCAAGGAAAUCUAAAUUACAGUUGGUAGCCCCUAAUGCCAAAAACAUAUACAGUUUGGGGGACGUCAUCAAUGUUCGCGUGGAUUUAUAUAACAGUUUCGGUGACGUCAUGACCAGAGGUGGCGAUGAUGUAAGAGCAUGGAUGGUUGGUGGUCAGGAAGGGAAUAAACGUGUAAGUGGAGAAGUCAAUGAUUUGAAAAAUGGAAGUUAUGAAGUGUCUUUUCAAACAUGGUGGGGAGGACAAAAUAAAAUUCAUGUCGCCCUUUCGCAUGAAAGGGAACUGUUAGCGACUCAUUUCAGGUGGCGAAGACAAUUUUUCUCUCUUUUUCUACAUCGAGCUGUGCACAAAUACCAAAACAAAACAAUAUAUACAAUUUGUGGCGAAUACCCAGAACUCCCUAACCAAAAUAGCAUCUGUGACUUCACAAAAGCUAAUGGUGGAUUACCGUGGUUUUGUGGUCGUCCUAAUAUUCCAGAAUUGCAAUGUGGUGAUUUGGAGCACGUCGAAAUGUUUGAUGCUAUCAAUAUUCCCAUAACUGAACCCGAAUUCCAGGUGUCAACAAGAAAUACUUAUAAAAUGAUGAUAAACAAUAAUCAGAAAAUACAAGUUAACAUUGGUGUAAACCCGAGGGACAUCCCAGAAAAGAAUGCAUUGCCGACUUGUUCUAUGAUUCCACGGGAAAUGACGUGGAAUAUAUCGAAAAUGACGUCACCCACCGGCUAUUACAAAGGUGAAACAUGGAUACCACGUGAUUGCUAUAUACCCCACACAAAGGAAAAUCUAAUGACCUGUUUUAAUAACUUAAGUAUAAUUCUUUCCGGCGAUUCUACAAUUCGACAAUGGUACUCUACUCUGAAAAUGUUUACAAACUGUAAACAAACAACACAAAAAUGGACGAAAACUAAAUGGUUUGAUAACUCACACUGUGUUAUAAAUCGUCUAAACUUUAGUCUUAGCUGGUUUUGUCACAACCUUCCAUUUGUCCUGGACACAUUUAAUAAAACAACAAAGCAUUUUAAUCACAAGUCGGUGAGAAGCAUUUUAGAAGAGGUUCCAUCUAGUGGGCGUUACCUUCUUGUCAUCCAUUUCUUUGUACAUCGUGCAAGGAUUCAUCACAGUCACUUCCGACGGGAGGCCAUUCAAGUCAAGAUGGCGCUUAGAGAUCAUCUAAACAAGAACCCAGAUUUAAUGGUGGCAUUUAAAGGUUUCCAUGCGUUCUACGAAGGCGGUUGUCCGGAUAUUUACGAUUACGCCGGUGUAUAUUUUUUUGAGAUUUUGAAAGAAGAAUUGCGCGAAUUUUGGAGUCGGGUGUGGUAUAUAAAUUAUUGGGAUAUGACAAUAGCAACUGAACAUAACUAUUAUAAACAUUUACCUGAACCAGAAAUCUGGCAACAACUUAGAUUAUUGUUUGGAUAUAUCUGUAAAUAAAACAAU